AUGCUCGCCCCCCCUCGCGCCCGUGCUCGUCCUCCCGCACCUGUGCGCGCGCACUCGCACCCGCCGCGGCCACCCCCCUGCUGCUGGUCCGCCGCAGCCGCCCCGCCUCUGGCCGCGCACUCCUGCCGCCCAUGCCCCGUGCGCCGCCCGCGCACCGCGUCCCCUUCCCCGCCAGCGCCCGCGCCGCACGCUGCUCGCGGUUCGGCCGCGCCGCACGCGCCCGACCGCGUUCCCAUCCCUCCGCGCGUGUGCCCCGCCUCGUCGUUGUCGCGCCGCUCACCGUCGUCCCCGCUCGCGCCCCGCAUCGCCUACUCCACGCCAGCCGUCCUGUGGCCUCGCCACCCCUCGCUGCAGCUCGCACGCGAACCCCGCCGAUGCGCCUUACCUCGCCCACCUGCGUCGCGGCCUUCCCACCGCUCGUCGCUGCUCCUGCCGCUGCACAUGCCGCCACCGCCGCCCCGCCUCCACUGCUGCCCGUCGCCGCCUCCCUGCCGCUAG